GGACAAACGUUUCUUGGAGAACGUCUGUCAGUAACGACGACGGCGCGGCAUUAGUCUCGUGGCGCAGCUGCUGAGAGCGCCGUUCUCGCUGGCACAACAUCGAUCGCGCACAGUCGGCCAUAACCUCUGUGAUUCUGCUCGCUCUUCACCCUGGCCUCUCAAACAAAAGCUCGAAAAUCGCGUAAUUACAAGAGAACCGAAAGAAAAGGAAACCAAGUGGAACCUUUGUACAUCGUCAACAACAUAGUGUAAAGAGUGUUAGGUGUUGUUGGGUGCUAUUGGAUAAGAAGACCUUCAACCGUGUGCAGCCCCUUCGAAAGAGUUUCUAGUUUCAGUACGACGAGCAGUUUGUGGAAGGAACGUCGGUGUUCAAGAGACAACGAAAACGACAAAGGGUUCCCUUUCCUCUGUCCCUAGACAACGCCCGCGUGAGAACACACACGUCGAGAACGGCACCUCGUGCAGGCGUUUCGAGUUGUGUCAUUCUCUAUUGUCGGCGAAUACUUGCGGCGACCGCGACGUGUGCCACGGACACUUGCUGUAGUUUUUCUGGUAUGUCGAAGAAGAACGUUAAUGGCAAUCGAAUUGCAGUGCAGUCGCAGCUCCAUGCAUUUUAGCGACUGAUUCCCGUGGGAAAGAAGUAGAAUAAGAGGUCCAGCCUCUUGGAACAGACGAGCAUGAGUGCUCGUACCUUGUGGACGCGUGAAACGACGCGUGUGUCUCCACGAUAGCGGCGUCUUCCGCGGGCGUCAUCAUCUGACGUCAUUGGUUCCGGCGGGAAAGCCGACAAUAACCACAAACGCACACAGGAAACAUGGACAAGGAGGACUUCCUGGUCAACCUGCAUUAUCUUCCGAUUAUCCUGUUCAUUUCGUUGCCUUCUGUCUUUAUUUUGACUUACAUAAUAGCAGUUCUAUUGGGUCAUGUGGAAGCCGAGUUUCCUUACAUCUCGGAUGCAGCUACCUAUGCACCGGAAAGCUGCAUAUUCGCCCAGUUUAUCAACAUGAUCGCAAUGCUCAUGUCCUUCCUCGUCUACAUAAGAUACUCUCAAGUGAAAGAAUGUUCGAGUACGUUUAGGUUGCAACAUUCUCUACCGAAAUGGAACCAUUGGGCCUUGAUUUUUGGCCUAAUAUCGACGUUUGGUCUCUCAGUGGUCGCAAACUUUCAAGAAACCUCUGUCAUAGUGGUACACUUUAUUGGAGCUCUUCUAUGUUUCGGUGGUGGAACUGCAUACUUUUGGACACAGGCCGUGUGUUCGUUCUACCUGCAUCCGCUCGGAUGUUCGUUGAAACUGGCACAUCUUCGAGCGGCAUUGUCCACCUUUUGUACUGUUUGUUUCGUCGUAACUCUCAUCACUGGCGUGCUGGCACGCUUGGCCUAUAAGGGUACGAAUCCUCGGAAAUGGUACAAGGAAGAUGGCGGAUGGGAAUUGCACGUGGCUAGCACUAUCACUGAAUGGCUGUGCGCUGCGGCAUUCUGCGUGUACAUUUUGACAUUCACCGAAGAAUUUCGCGAUGUUAAAGUCACUCAUCCAAAGGUUAUAUCCACCCUUAACCGUACAAGAUUGAGCAACGAAGCGCUGAACGAAAGCCAGGACUCCGCGAUGGGUCACAAUAGAGAUGCAACAACGAUCACCUGAUCACUCAUAGGCAGAGGCGCCGGUGGUUACGUCAAU